AUGUACUAUGAGAAGGAGGAGUUGUUCUGGCGUGAGCGGCAGGCCAAGCUCCAAAUGCUGUCAGGCUUGGACUUCCCGAAACUGGCGCCUUCAAUGCCGAAAUUGGCCGCGGUGUACCCUCCGAAACAAGCACUGCUCCAUGUUCAGGAUGUGACAAGGGCCCAGCAGGAGCAACAGGGACUAAUGAAUCAAGCUCUUUUCUCUUUAGCGGCGCCACCAGAGCAUCUCUGCUCAGGGAGCAGCAGCCGCCAACACCUGCAGCUGCACAAGCACGUGCUGGCGCUGGCGGAGCUGAGGGAGGAUCUGGCGGAGGGCGUGCGCGCGGCGGAGGCCGGGAAGCUGGCGGCGGCCGAGCGGAAGCUGGCGGAGCAGCUUCGCGUGCAGCGGCGGCUGGAGGCGGACAUGCGCCGCGCCUGUUCAGGCAUCGAGGACCAGGAGGCCCGUGUGCAGGCUCUCGUGCAGGAAGUGGACUGCGAGCUUCGCGCCUGGCAAGGAAUGCUGCAAGCCUCCGGAGCAUUGCCAAACCAGCCAGACCUUGCGCAGAUGGCGGCAAGGAUCGAAGCGCUGCGCAGAAAGAAAGCCGCUCUUGUUCUGUCCAAUGGCGGCAAUCUUGCUCCCGCGUCAGACCUGAUACUGGCUUGGAGACCCGCACAUGCAUCGAGACGAACCACGAGCAGCCGUCACUUUGCGGCAGGCAACAAUCCAGGAGCAGGGUCAGCUCAGAAGCCGCGAGCUUUCACGGAUCUGCGGCAGGCGCUAAACCUGCCCGGCACGGGCGGUGUGGGCAGCCCGGGUGCGGGCAGUUGGGAGCCAGAUCUGGCACAUGAGGGAGCUGAGUCAGCGCUGGAGGGAGGGGAGUCAGAGGACAAUGCGCAGCAGGCGCUGCAGAGCAUGCUUGGGGACUUGGAGCAGCGGCACAAGCAGGGCAUGGCUGAAGUGGUGCAGGCCUGCCGCCAGCAGCUGUCAGCACUGCAUGAUGAGUAUGGCGCUGCGCUGGCGGAGCGGGAGAGGGGCUACUGCGAGCUUCUGGAUGAGCUGCGCAGUCUCCGACGACGUUGCCCCUCCCCAAAAUUGGAACGCCGAGUUACUGAUCCGCGCGCCAUCAUGGACUGCCCAGCCCCUGCACACACCGCCCCUGACAUGAACCCCGACAAGCAGCUUCCGGGCCAGCUUCCCUCCGGCAGCCGCUUGCACUCAAUCUUGGACUGCUCGGCCCCUUACGGGAACCCGGACAAGCAGCUCCUGGGCCAGCUUCCCUCCGGCAGCCGCUUGCACUCAAUUAUGGACUGCCCGGCCUCUGACAGGAACCCCGACAAGCAACUCCAGGGACAGCUUCCCCCGGGCAGCCGCCCGCAUUAUGCGAAUGGGCACAUGCCGGUCCCAGCGGGUCAGAAAGUGUCGCAGCAGGUAGCAGAUGCCUGCACACCCGCUCAGAGGCAGCCGGGGAGUGCACAGCAGCAGGGUGGAUUCACCGGGCGGCAGACUGCACACCCCAAGCCGUCGCGCAUUCCUACAGUGAGACAGCGGCUGAUUCAGCUUAGCAGCCCUCAGGAGAUGCUUGACAGCCCCGGCUGCCCCUCGGCUGCCAGGCCUGUUCAGGACGCGACGCCGCCUCAGCAGUCCACAUCAGCACAGCGUGCCAUGUCAGCACAGCACAGCGCGCGCAGCAGAUCACCUGCCGACAAACUGUGGCCCACACCUCCGCAAUCUUCUCCUGAAGCGAGUGUUGGCCAGAGUGAUGUCAGCAGCAGCCAUGUGGCUGCAUUGCAGAGUCAGCAGGCCCAUGCAGAAGCAGCGUCUGAAGCUGGCAGAAGGCAGGUUGCAUCCACCGGUCUGAGGCACAUCUCAGGCGCUGACCUGGACCUGAUUCUUGGCGCCCCCGAUGAGUCAUCCAGGGGUGUUGCCGCGCUGUUGCAAGGCCUGGAACUGCCGGCAUAG